AUGCACGCGAUUCUUGCGGCUUUGCUGUCUCUCGCGACGCUCGUGGGCGCUGCGCUUUAUUCGGACCCGGCUCAGCUCCCUCAGAAGGAGUACGACUUUGUCAUUGUUGGCGGCGGCACAGCAGGCAACGUCCUUGCAGCCCGUCUAAGCGAAGUUUCCAACUUUUCCGUCCUCAUCAUCGAGGCCGGUCCUUCAAACUUGGAUUAUCCGGAAAUUGCCGUCCCGUUCCUCGAGUUCUCCGAGGUCAUCUCCAAUCCAAACAUAUCCUGGAAUUAUGAUACUACACCACAGAUUGGUCUCAAUAACCGCUCUAUCAACUAUCCUCGUGGCAAGGUGCUCGGUGGCUGCAGCUCGAUCAACGUCAUGGUAUGGACACGUACCUCCGUCGACGAUUGGGAUCGCUAUGCGGCCGUCACAGGCGAUCCUGGGUGGUCUUGGGAUGCUAUGCUCCCUUACAUGCUCAAGGUAUCCAACCCGGGCUCUGGGGAGUUCAACUACGCUACCGACUACGGCAGGCUCAACCCUGCAGUGCACAACACGACGGGCCCGGUGGACAUCAGCCUCUCGGGCUAUCCCGGGGACAUCGCCUCGCGAGUCUUCCAAACGUCCUUCCAACUGCCGGAGACGUUCCCGUACGUGCUUGACAUGAACGCGGGGUACCCCCUCGGCGUGGGCUUCGCGCAGUUCGCCAUCAACAGCCUUGGGAGGCGGAGUAGCUCUGCAACGGCAUACCUCGAGCCGGCGAUUAAUCGCUCUAACCUCGACGUACUCAUCACUACGCAGGUGACACGCCUCAUUGCGGCCGCAGACUCGACCAAUACGAGCCUGCCGACGUUCAGUGCAGUCGAAAUGGCGCAAAGUGCGAAUGCCACCCGUUACACCGUCUCCGCGAGCAAAGAGGUCAUCCUCUCCGCAGGAGCAAUCAACACGCCGCAGCUACUCCUACUGUCGGGGAUUGGCGCACCUUCCUCUCUCGCUGCGCACAAUAUCACCUUGCUCGUCAACUCGUCCGGCGUCGGUGUCGACCUGCAGGACCACCCGCUGCUCCAAAGCCACUGGUAUGUCAACUCGACUGGUACGUUUGACACAACCCUGCGGAAUGCGACUCUGCAGGCGGAGGACUUGUCCUUGUGGGAGAGUAAAGGACGCGGUCCGUACGUUGGCCCCGGCAAUGUCCAGAUUGCAUGGACGAAGCUGGAGAACGAGAGCGCUGUGUUUGGGUCGGGCGGAUAUGUGGACCCGUCGGCGGGCCCGAGCAGUCCGAAUAUCGAGAUACUGCCACUUGAUGGGUUUGUGUCGCUUAUCGAAAGUCUGCCUGACACGGGUAACUUCCUCACGAUGCUGACAAGCGUCGUGUCUCCCGCAUCACGCGGCAGCGUCACACUCGCCUCCGCCGAUCCAUUUGACGCACCGUUGAUCGACCCGGGUUUCCUUUCCAAUCCAUAUGACUUGCUGGCGGCAGUGCAGGCCGUCAAUCAAUCGCGUCAAUUCCUCUCCGCACCGACGUGGGAUGACUACAUCCUGCGCGAGGCGCCCGACCUCGCCGCUGCGCAGAGCGAAGCGGAACUCGUUGCAUUUGUGCGCAAUGGAACGACGACCAUUUGGCACCCCACGGCGACGGCGCGCAUGGGAGCGCUGGACGACGAACUGGCGGUGCUCACAUCGGACUUGCGGGUGAAGGGCGCGCAGGGACUGCGCGUCGUGGAUGCUUCGAUAUUUCCGUAUGUCCCCUCAGGACACCCGCAGGCGUGCGUAUAUGCGGUAGCGGAGCGCGCCGCGGACCUGAUCAAGGAGGCUUGGGGCGUACUUUGA